CACACAUAGAUGAACACACACAUGUACAUACACACAUAUAUUUAUAUAUACGUGAAUUUACCCCAGUCGUCAUGUUGACCGCAAACGUUGCCGAUAGCGCGUGCGCAGAGAGCUCUUCGUCAUCAUCGAAGAUGGAAAUAGAUGAGCAAGACAACACUACCAUCGUCAAAGGAGAUACAAGCACAAACACCGCCGAAGUCAACCCAGAAGAUACUACUGCUCAAAUGGAACGUAUAGCUAUUGAGAACAUAAGAAUGGAGCGCGAGGCUGCGGAGGCUGCUGAAGCUGCACUAGAACGAAUGAAACAAAAGGUUGCAUCGUGGUAUUUGAACACAAGUGCUGAGCAUGCAGAAGACACAUUCAAGGGCAUGGUACUUAGACGAGUGGUUAAGGAGAGUCACGAGAGGGAAAUCAAAGAUGUGCGCUUCAAUUUGAGCGCCGAGAACUGCGAGAACCUCAUUGCUACCAUCGGAGGUACACAGUUGAACGUAUACGACACAGAGAGCUACAUCAAUCAGUACGAGGAAGACGCACAACAAGACGGCACGCAUGUCGAUAUUCUGCUGCAACACAUCGGAGACGAGCACCAGACGUUGGAGUGUGUGUGCUGGCUGGCUUCAGAGUGUGGGGAUGCGGUAGUUGCGGUGGGCGGUGCUGAGAACACUGUACGUGUCUUUUCCAACGGACGCCUGGCUGAGGUUGCUGAGUUCCACGGCCAUGGAGGCUCUGUCACACUAUUGGAGGCUGUCCCGUGUCGGCCCGGCGUGUUCGUAUCCGCUAGCAAAAGCGACUGGAGCGUGCGAGCAUGGCAGUUGACUGUGGAGCCCCCUAAGUUCAACGGCUGCCCCCCCACAGACACGAAGCACUGUCUCUCUCUGUGCAAGCUACAGAGUGCGCCUACCAGUCUGUGUGCGUCAGGGGAUGGCCUGCACGUGCUGGUGGGGUGCCGGGACGGGAGUGUGGUGCAGUUGCCUAUUCCCACACGUGACGGAAUAAGCGAGGUGGCCGACAUAUCCAUCAGAGCACCGGAACCCCUCUUCAGCAAACACAACACCGCCGUAGACUCGCUGCACUAUCUCGAUGCCCAUACAAUACUAAGCAAAUCCACUGACAACCACACUAUGAAGUGGGACUUGGGCACUGGAGUGGUCCUGAGCACCGUCAUUAAGUCUAGAGGGUUUGGAGCGGGUUGGUGUAGGUUCGAUGUGAGUCAUGACAAACGGUACAUGUGCGUGGGCACGGACGGAGGGGCUGUGCUUGUGUUUGAUCUGGUUUCUAAGGCGAUUGUGGUGAGUCUGAAGCAUCCUAGGGUCAAGGAGAUGCGCGUUAUGGCGUGUGCGUUCUCCAAGGACAUGAGCCGGAUUGUGUGCGCGACCGAGAAGUCCUAUGUGUUCCGUUUCGACUACAUCGACCCCCGCAUACACAAGCAAUGGAAUAACAGGUCAGUCACGGAUGCGAGUGAUGACUCCGACACAGGCGUUCAACCAGAGCGUGCAGACAGCGACGACGACGACGACAUGGGAAGUAGCUAGGCCCAGAGAUGUGGUCAGGCAACUAGACGGGCCAUUUUAUACGCUACGCAAGCACACGCACACGGCCAGGAACGUCCCGGUUUGCCGCUCUGCCAAAGCGGGACAGCACGCUGGGCGCUUGAAUAGCCUGCCGAUUGGACAGGGUACCCAACACCAGCACUAGGCAUUGUACGGUAUCUGUUAAAGCGUGUCCGUGCUACACAUAUGGAUGUACCAAGGCCAGACCAGAGACCAACUGUACACAGACUUAGCCCUAGACGUAGCCCACCCCUAACCCGAGUGACAGGCGUAGCUGAUCUCUCGCAGGUGGACUGUAGUAGUGUGUAGGGGCAGGGCAAUGCAUGCAACCCACAAUUAACAUCGACGCACAAGCCCCCCUUCGCCAGCUGUAUCUGUGAACCAGAUCCCAAGUGAUGUCUCUUGCAACGUGGGAGUGUGCGCUAUGGACGGACUCAGCCCUGCCACAGACGAGAGGGUGUCGAUGCGAUGGUUAGCUGGCUUAGGUAUCCAAGCGCCUGUUGCAUAGCGGAGAGCUUCACUGUGAUCAAACAGAGCUCGUUUAUCCUGUGAGUAAGCGGUGUUGUGAGACAUACAAGCCAAUUAAACCACACCCGCAGAGUGAUGCUGCUGGGUGCAAGGAGGAUCUGUAACAACAGAACGCGUACGUUUGACGUGUACAUUCUCACGUAUAAGCUAGAUCGAAAAUGAGAGUUAAACGUCACGCAUGCAAGAUAGGGAGUAAAAGAUGUACCAUGCUUGACAGGCAUGGUAUUAAUGAGACUAGCAAGUAUUAAAGGUGUGCUCGGAAGCAGAUGGAU